AAUUAAAAUCUGUUCGAAAAAAAUUAAAUUUAAAACCCAACCUGCCGAUCGAGGUGCUUUUCAUCUAGUUUUCACUAUGAAGAAGGGUGACCCCCACUGCAACCACGCUGGGGAAUGCGAUGGGUAGGUGUUGAAUUAUUGGAUUGUAUCAUUUUUGGUUUUUCUAUUCCAUAUUCUGCAACCUGCAUUCUCAACCUUCUUCAAAAACACUUGAAUUGAUCAGGAAACAAUAGUUCCAUGCCCAGAAGCCAUCUUUUCGUCGGCAACUUCUUCGACAUAGUUUUCAAGCCUUCGGUGAAUGGGUUGAGUAGCUAUGGCGUCGGGAGGAUGGAAGGAGAAUUUGCAAGAAAGGGUUUUAGAAUAGAGAGCUUUUGAAUGCAGAGAAACAGGGGCAAAUCAAAGAAGAAAAGGGGAUGAAGUUAUUGGUGUGAAUAUGAAGAAUACAAAGAAGGAAUUCAUGUUAAGGAUUUUGUGAAAAUCUGGAAAGUGGAAGCAGGGAAAAGUUGAAGAUGAGCAAAAUUGGGAUUUUAUGCUUUUAACUUGAAACGAUGCCGUUUAAUAAUUCAAUCCGACAAAA